AUGGGCUGGCAGCAUCACCCGGUCAGCCGCAGCCGCUGGCACUUCGUGGUGCCGUGCGCGGCGACGCUCUCCGACGCCACCUCCCUCGCGGGCGCGGUGGAGGCGUUUGACCGGGGGGAGGCGGUGACGGGCGCAAUGGUGGCGGAACCCGACAAGGAGGACGAUUCCGCGCCCUACAUGGCGCCCACCUCCAUUUUCGAGAGCUCCGCCCACCUGCUGCACGGCGCGCUGCACCUCAACGGCUACGGCCACCUGCUGCGCAUGAAUGCGGGAGAGGGCGGCGGCGGCGCGCGGCUUGCAGGCAAGCAGCUGCUCCUCCUGUGGGACCGCGUCUGCGAGCUGCUGCGCGCCAGGGAGGUGUCAGUAGAGGACGUCUCCAGCAAGGGCGGCAUGCUGCUGCGCAUCCUCCACACCAUCGCCGCCGGCUCCACCUGGUAUGGCAGCGUCGGGUACGCCUUUGGCCGCGGCGGCUUCAGCAUCGGCCGCGGCGACUGGGAGGCGGCGGCCGCGGCCGCGGCGGGGGCGGACCUGGGCGCGAUGGCCGCCGAUUUUGAUGGCGUGGAUGCGGCGGCGGCGGCGGUGCUGGAGCGGUACCGGGGGCAAGCCCCACAUCGCGCGCAGGCGCAAGGUGUGAGCGCGCGCAAGGCCGUGUCGCUGGGCACAGGCGCCUAA